AUGGAGAUGAAGACGAAUGUGAGGGACUCUGAAAGUGAGGACAAGGAGAACGGGCAAAGAGAACGGUUAGUGAUAAUGAUGAGUAAUGGAGAUGGGCAGCACAAUGACACUACCAAUUAUAAAUUCGAUUCUACUGAAAACGCCUUGGAAGACCAUGUCGAUUAUGAUUUAGGAAUACGACGUACCAUUUUGGUGAGGGCCUUGAUACUGGAAAUAAUUGAUUUUACUUUCUUUUUAGGUCCAGGAAGAAUGAUUCCUUCCGACAUUGAUCCUGUGUUAUCUUAUUGCACACACUUAAUUUAUGGUUAUGCAAAAAUUGAUUCCCAUCAAAAGAUCGCUGCUCUAGAUGAAUCAUUAGAUUUAAGCUCGGGUAAAGAUAAUUAUCGGGCAAUCACAGCCCUAAAGAAAAGGUUUCCACAAGUGAAAUUCCUGUUAUCUGUGGGAGGAGGAGCAGAUUUAGAUGACGCAGAUAAAUACAAUAAAAUACUGGAAGAUUCAAGUAAUCGAGCCCAAUUUGUUCAUUCCGUAAAGGCUUUCUUGAAGCGUAAUGAUUUUGAUGGAUUAGAUUUAUCUUGGCAGUUACCAGAAAUUUACAAGAAGAAAGACAGAGGCACUUUUGGUUCUAUAUGGCAUGGUGUCAAAAAGACUUUUGGAUAUGCUCAUAGUCAUAAAGAUGAAAAAGCUGAUGAGCAUAGAGAAGGCUUUACUAAACUUGUACAGGAUUUAAGAAAAGAACUUAGAGAUGACAACCUUUUGUUGACAGCAACAGUUUUGUCUAAUGUAAAUGCUUCGUUGUAUUUUGAAGCUGAUAAAUUAGCCAAAGAAAUUGACCAGAUUCACCUCAAAGCCUUUGAUUUCAAAUCGCCUCAAAAAGACCCAAAUGAAGCUGACUAUUCUGCUGCUCUCUUCCCUUCUGAACAGAGAGAUCCUUUUUUUACUGUUGAUGGUCAAGUGAGGUCCUUCAUUGCGAGAGGAUUCCCAAGCAACAAAAUUAUCCUGGGUAUUCCCACAUAUGCUGUAACAUGGAAACUAACAUCUGAGAGUAAGAUUUCUGGUGUUCCACCCAUUCAAGCAGAAGGACCAGGUGAAGAGGGACCUCAAACAAAAUCACCAGGGCGACUUUCGUAUGCAGAAGUGUGCUCAUUAAUUGAUAAUCCUAUUAAUAAGGGAAAUAAUAAGCAUCUUUUACGCCGUGUCAAUGAUCCAGCAAAGAAAUCUGGGUCAUAUGGCUUCCGGCUUCCUGACGGUGAUUCAAUAGAAGGCCUCUGGGCUUCGUUUACUGACCCUGACACAGCAGGGGAUAAAGCUGCUUAUGCGAAAGCUAAAUCUCUGGGUGGGAUUGCAUUUUGGGACAUUUCUCUGGAUGAUUUCCGAGGUGUGUGUAAUGGAGUCAAAUAUCCAAUUAUUCACACUGCAAAGAACAGAUUAGUGUAGCCAAUAUUUAUCAAAAAUUUCAUCUAAAAUGGAGAACCAUUUUCAUUUUUUUUUCAAAGGUUACGAACACAAAUAUUUUAAGGCAUAAUAACCUGCCCCUCUUGUGUCAACAAAAUUUACAUGCACAAAGUUUAUUGUAGAUUGUGGGUGUGAAAAUAAAUAUCGAAAUUCUACACAAAAAUAUAUUUAAGUUUAUUAAAGUUUAAGUAUUCUAACCUUGUACUAUUGCCAAAGAUGGUAAGAUGGAUCAAGCAUAGUUAAGCAAAGGAAAAAAAUCAAAACUUUCAUUAAGUAGCAUAAUAAAAUCAAAUUUGAAUUGCAACAUUACUCACGUGCAUCAUUGCAUCAUUGCAUCAUUGGCUGUGGCUGGUCCUUAGAAAAGGCAAAGUAGGCACACUCUACCCUGAUGAAUAUGUUCCAGUUUAAUACAUUUCAUAAUAAUAAAAACAUUAAAAUUACUCUUACAAUUUU